CGACAUACAAGUUCGUCGCAACUUAGCAUCGCAGCAACAAAAACGCGCGAACAAGUAGCGCAAGCGAACAAAACAGAAUUUUAUUUUGCUGCGCUCACCUACGUAUUUACCGAAUUUAAUAGUAAAUACAAUUUAAACCAAAAAGAACUGUCACAACAUGAUGUUCGAGGAUCAACGCAUGUCUGUAGAUGCAGCGACACCAUUAAAACGCGCAGGCAGCUUAAAUUCUUCUGGUUCUUCCAUUUCGAUGGACGCAAAGCCGCUAAACAGUUGGGCACAAGAAGUUCGCGCUGAGCUAGGACAUAGCGAUGAGGCCUCGUCAUCUUUCAACAGCAGUGCCGGGAGCACAGCUGCUCAACAAAAACGCGAAAUGACUCUUGAGUUCCUUGAUGGCAGCAAUGAAGAAAAGUUUGAGCGUCUGGUCAAGGAAGAAAAAUUAAAGACGCCCUUUAAGCGACGACACUCUGUAACGCCGCCUACACUAAGUACUGAGAAUAGCCGCUCCAACAGUCCAAAUAGCAGCGCAUCGUCCACAACUAAUGAGGGAAAUCCAUGUACCAAGGCACAUCACUUCAAGGGACACAAGGAGGAGAAGCGUGUGCGCCAUAAUAGUUACACUUCAUCAACCUCAUCAUCAUCCUCGUAUACAGAGGCAGAUCCCGCUAUAUUGUCCCGCCGUCAAAAACAGAUCGACUAUGGAAAAAACACGGCUGCAUAUGAAAGAUAUACUGAGACGGUGCCAAAGAGUGAUCGCACUCGUGAGCACCCCAGGACGCCAAACAAAUUUGGCAAGUACAGCCGUCGAGCAUUUGAUGGAUUGGUUAAGAUCUGGCGCAAGCAGCUGCACUUCUAUGAUCCGCCAACAGCGAAGAAUUCGAAUACCUGCGAAGUCGACUCGGAUUCUGACUCGGAUUAGAGCUGUUAUAUUUAUGUUACAAAUAAAUAUAUAUAUACAUAUGUAGGCAUAGUAGGGGGAUAUUGAAACGAUAGUACGAAGUCGGCAAAAGUUGAAGUAAUGGCAUAUAUUGUUUGUAUUUAAUUAUCAUUAAGACUGCUUGCAGGCAGCAUAUGUUAUGUUAUGUUAACAUAAUUUCUAAUGUUUAAUAAAAUGGCGCCGUUUUGAUCUUGCAAUUUUUCCUGAUGCUGUU